AAGGAUAAAACAUGGUGUUGUUCGGGCCAAUCCAGGGUUAUCUAUGAUCCUCUAUCAUAUGGCCCGAACAAUAGUAUGUUUUAUCCUUACAAUAGGACUUUACCAAAAUGGGGUAUCAGGCCGACUUCUCACACCCAUAUAUAUAUUCAAUACCUCUUCCCCUUUAAAUAUGACAAAGAUCUAAAAAAAUAAAAUAGGGUCCUACUUAUGGAAUGCCCUUUACAUGUAUGUAUACAGUGUUCUAUAAUAACCGAAGUUAAAUUGUUAAUAUAGUUUUUAUACAUUUUCUUGAUAUAGAGAUCUGAAAUUAUUAUCACACGAAUCUGUGAUGAAGAUCUUUUCUGAGAGUUUCAGCUGUGUAGCUUUAAUUAAUGGUGAAAUACGUAGAAAAGAUUGACGUACAUAAAAAAUGUCUCUUAACAAUUGAAGAUAAAUUUGUUGAGGACAUUUUUAAUACUUUUUCUUGACAUAGAGAGGUGAAAUUUUUAUUACAUAUAUUUAAUCAAGAUCUUUUAUUUCUGAAAGUUUCAGCUUUCUAGGUAUAACUAAGGAUAAAAUACAUCAACAAGAUUGAAAUAGAUACAUAUUUGUACUCAGUUUUGUAUUUUACUUGGACAGUGAUAAUAAUGCAAAACUCGAGUAGGAAAAUUUAUAUAUUCCGAUCUUCACGGCGUAUUUCACCACUAGUUAUAGAUAGACGACUGAAAAUUUUAGAAAUAAUAGAUUUUGACUAAAUACAUGUAUGAUAAAAAUUUCAGCUCUCCACAUCAAGAAAAAGUGUCAAAAAUAUCAUGAACAAUUUAUCCUCAGUUAUUAUGCGACACAUUUUAUCCGUGUAUCGUCAAGUUGGUCAUUGUCUAGCUAUCUCAUCUUAUCAUGUUUCUUUUUUUCUUACGUAAUUUUAAUAAAACUCAUUAAUUUCAAACUUGAAGUCUGACAAUCGUAUACAAUGUGAAAAUGUUUGAGAAAGUUUGGUUUUUUUAUUUUUUAUGCCCAUUCUAGCUUACAUUUGAUUUGUAAUCAAGUAAAAAAGGUUCAUUAAAUUUAUUUUUAUCCUCUUUCGGUUUAUAUUACUUAGCAUGUUUAUGUGACUUGUUUAUAUUCGUAUUUUAUUUGUUGUGACGAUUUCUGAUAGAAGAACUAUUAGCGCAGAUGAAAUUCCGCUUUAUUUAGUUACUUCGUAUCAUUAAUCGUACGAUUGACAUACAAAGCACACGUUUAUAUAGGCAAUUAGGAGAGAGAUGGUUAACAAUGCACAGUAAUGACAAAAGGGAGAAAAAAAGCAUGUGAUAAAAAAGAAAUGACCAGAGAAGGACAAGGCAUAUGAUAAUUUAAAAAAUGAUAAGGAAAGGUUAAACUUCAUGUAUCAACAGUCAAUUAAACCGAACAGUGAGACUAAAUCAUGAUACACAAUAGAUUCAAGUGGGAACGGCACAUUUAUUUGUAUCUAUUAGGUGACGAGCCAAUUCAUGGCUUAUCUAUGUAUCUGGGAUAAAGCACAACACUGCCUUUCAUUGCUUAAUUGGACACACCGUUAGGUUUGAUUAAAAAACUAAAUAAAAAAGAACACAACUCCAUGAGCAGUCAAGUAACCAAACAGGCUGCUUUUUAACGUAGCAUUCUUGCAUAGUUAUCUUGAAUAUUUAUUUUUUCAUUAUAGUCUUGUUGGAAAAAAUCAAAUGAGUGAUAGACAACCUUUAUUAAAUGCAUCUAGUAAAUUGUCUAUUGAUUAUGAUGAUGACAAUCAUGGAAACAAGCAACAACUUUUGACCAAUAGAUUUUCUGAUUGGCGACGUUGUUUCAGUAGAAAUAACAACGAUAAUAAAUAUAUAAAAUUAGAUAAUGAUACUGAACAUGGUGACAAAGAUGAAGCAGUUGGUGUUUUUAGUUUAGUAAUUCUGAUGCUCAUUAGUGUAUGCUUCACAGUGUUAUAUGUAGUUUGUGGUCUCGUCAGCCUAGUUCUCUUCGGUCGGAUCACAGGAUUAUUUGUUAUUAAAUCAUUUGGUGAUAAUUGUGUUGACCAACAUCAAAAUUUAAUAGUUUCAAUUAAUAACAACAGUACAUAUCCUCAAGGAAUCGAACUCAAUACAUUCAGCAAUACUUCAUCACAUAAACUGCGCAAUAAUAGUGAUGAAAUGUUGUUCUCAACUUUAGCUACAUUAAUACCUUCAUUUCGAGCUAAAGUGAUGAACAUAGUUCACUGGUUAUUCAUUAUUAAUGCUGUCCAAUUUCUAACCAACUCAAUUGCAAAUUAUAUUUGGAACUUUAGUGUAAAACGACAGAUAUCUCGUAUGAGUAUUUUACUCUUUCGAUCACUUGUUCAACGCUGCUAG